CAAAUCUUGUCACUUAAAUAUAGUUCUCUCAAGUCUACAGUACGACACAGACCUAUUUACAAAAUGUACAAAUUGGUGGUGUUGUUCGCCGUCUUGGCUGCCGUCUCUGCCCGACCAAGUCAUCUUCUUACACCAGUGGUGCACAGCGCUGCAGUGAUCGGUUCAGUACCAACCAGCGUCAGUGAAUACAGCAGCUCCAUCGUCCACGAUCAUGCUUUGGUAAGCCCAGUCGUGCAUGCUGCUCCAGUUUUACACGCUUCUCCAGUAGUCCACUCUGUGCAUGCUGCUCCCGUUGUCCACGCUUACUCUGCUCCAGCUGUUGUUGCUUCUCCCUAUGUAUCCUACGGACAUUUAUGGUAAACACCAAGAGGCCCUGUAGGCCAAGAGGCUGUGUAAAUAUAAAUACUUUCAUGUGUUCUAAAUUAUGACUGCAAACGAUUUUAAAUAAAAUCUUGGAAAAAAAAUUGUGCCAUUAUUUUUUUUAUUAAACUAUUUAGAAUGAUAUUAUAAUAUUAUACAAGAUAUUCAUAUUAUGCAUAAUGAAGUUGUUUCAAACCAAGCAUUUGAAGAAUUUGACUAACUGUUUUAAUACGUUUUUUUUUGUAUUAUUUGGUUCUAUUUGAUAUAUCGCACAACUAGUUCAAUAGUGCCACAAGUGCAAAACACAAUAUUCUCGAGAAAUGAGCAAAACGUUCUGUAGUAAACGCGUUAUGCCCUGUAAAUAAUUUAUUUUGUGAGUGACUGGCUUCAAAAUUACAAUUUAGGUAGUAAAUUAUACACUUAUUGGCUGGAUCUUAUUACAAUUUAUUAAAAAUAAAACGUUAAUUGUAUUUUGAUAGUUAUGGCGAUAUUGCAUUGUGAAGAAAGUCAUUUAUAAAACAAUACUUAGGAGAUACGGCGGCAAUAUAAUGAAAAAAUCAAUUGAUUUUUGAAGUUGUGGCCGUAUUGAAUUAUACCGGUUGUAUUGUGGCAGUGUAUAUUAUCGCCACAUAUCUCUUGAUUUUUGCAGUUGUGGCCGUAUUGAACGUAUUGAAUUACAUCGGUUGUAUUGUGGCAGUGUAUAUUAUCGCCACAUCUCCCAGUUAUGGCCGUAUUGCAUUUUCAAAACCUCCAAAAACCCUACAGUGAAAUACCGAAGUAACUUACUUUAUACUUAUCCAAAACAAUAUUUUAGUUCAGGCUGUAUUGAUGGGCCAUUAUAUAGGCAAUAUUUUACAGCCUUAACCCAAAAUUCGAAUUUUUUGCAGUUUUGGCACAAUUGAACUAGGUGUGCGAUAUAUGUUAUACCCCAUUCCACGAAUAUACGACGCUCUUGGAUUAUCGCGACAACGAAUAUUUUACUGUGCAAAAUAUGAAGAACGAAAGUAAAGUUCAAAUUAUAGUGUUGUUUACUGGAGUAAUUAUUAGAGCAAAAUACUUUCGUACUUCUUUUGUUGUACACUAAAAUAUUCGUUGUCGCAUAAUCCAAAACAGUCGUAUAUUCGUGGAAUACAGCCUAUCACUUUUCCUUUUGACACUCAUUUAAGUUUUUUAUCAGUUCAAAUGUCACUUUUAUCCAUUUUAUCUAUUAAAUUCAAAUUCUUGUAGUCAUUAUAUCCAUAUAUUUUCGUCUAAUGUUCUGUUUUUUGCAUGUUCCGGUUCUGGUUACAUUAUGAUUUAAGAUUACUCUUCUAAGAUUACUUUACAUC